CUCUCUGAGAAAAAGAUUUCCGGAUGACUCGCUUGAUAUCGUUACUUGUCUGGACAAAGUGCUCAACCCAAGCCGAUUUCCCCAAACGCAAGAGGAACUGACAGCUCACGGAAGGGAAUCCCUCGAGAAAUUACUGGACAAAUUCUGCCUCCCGAUUGGUCCAGCUGAAAAUGACAUCAUCAAUCGCAUCCGGGCGCAGCAGGACUUCACACCUUUCAAGAUGGCGGUCAACAACAUAGGAGCCGACUCGUUCGAACAAAGUUGCAAGACAGUUAUUUCUGAACUUUCAGAUAUUUAUCCCAGCUUUUCCACUCUGUGCUCGAUAGCACUUGCUAUCCCAGUUAGCAGCGUUGAUGCUGAACGUGGAUUCAGUUUGCAAAACAGGAUACACUCUGCCAGUCGCAAUCGUCUUUCCCAACAACGGAUAAACAACCUGAUGCUGUUGAAUCUACACGCAGAAGUCAACAAUACUGUCAAACAAGCUACGAAGAUCUUUCGUAGAAGGAAACGCAAACUUUAAUAAACAACUGUGAAAAUGCUAAGAAUGAGAAGAGGAAGGGGUACUUAGGUUGGGAGGAAUACUUCAUGGCCGUCGCUAGUCUCUCUUCACAGAGAAGCAAAGACCCCAAAACACAGGUCGGAGCUUGUAUUGUGAACAAAGAUAAGAGGAUCGUCGGUACCGGUUACAACGGAAUGCCCAAUAACUGCGGUAAUGACGAACUACCGUGGGGCAAGGAAGACGGUUGGGACAAGAAUAAGAAACGUUAUGUCUGCCACGCUGAGCUGAACGCCAUAAUGAACAAGUAUUCUGCUAACUUGAACGGCUGCACGAUCUUCGUGACUCUGUUCCCAUGUAACCACUGCUCCCAGAUGAUCAUUCAGUCUGGAAUCCGUAAGGUUGUCUACUUGUCAGAUGAGAACAAGAAAAAGGUCGAUGUGAAAGCAUCAAAGAGACUUCUGGGCAUGGCUGGUGUCGAACACAGACCAUAUCGAGGAAAGAGGGACCCAAUCAAGAUACAGUUUGCUCGAGGUCCCACUGAUGAUGGUGGAAAGAUGGACCCAAUCAAGGAACAGCUGCCUCCAGGUCCCACUGAUGUUCGUGGAAAGAUGGACCCAGUCCUGCUACAGUUUCCUCCAGGCUCCACUGAUGUUCGUGGAAAGAUGGACCCAGUCCUGCUACAGUUUCCUCCAGGCUCCACUGAUGUUCGUGGAAAGAUGGACCCAGUCCUGCUACAGUUUCCUCCAGGCUCCACUGAUGUUCGUGGACAGAUGGACCUAAUCACGCUUCAUUGUCCUCCAGGCUCCACUGAUGUUCGUGGAAAGAUGGAACCAAUCAAGGUACAGUUGCCUCCAGGUCCCACUGAUUGUCAGAGAUGGAAUGGUUACCUGAACUCAAAUCUCAUCAAAAAGUGUUUCUUUCAUCUGGUUAAUGAGGGGAACAUGUUUACAUAACACUGAUUUCCAAAUCAACAGUACAUUGUUUAACGAUGAAUUUGUAGUCCGAGAUUCAUGAUAAGCAAAGUAUUUUGGAAUGAAUUUGUAUGUGAACUGCUGUCUUAGAUUCAUGGGCCACUCACUGCUCAAAUUCUUCAAGUUUGUAAAAGACAUAACACCUCUUGCUUCACCGUGCACAGAUUUUACUGAUUUCCAGCAUCCAUCCUCCCCGAGAAGGUGGUAAUCCUCCCAAUAUACUUUUAAACCAAAGAGGCCCACUUUAGGUGAUCUCUUUUGAUAAUGCCACUUUCAUGUUUCCGGGAGAUUUUUUUUUUCAAUUUAUUCAUGGCAGUAUUUGGGUGGAGGUUGUUUUAUCUAUACGCUUUUACUUAUACUUUUACUUAUACUUUUACUUAUACUUAUACUAUCUCAGCGAAAACCAGCUGCCCUAUAACUCUCGUGCGUGAUGAUGUUGGUCCAAACCCUCCACUAUAAAUCAGUUAAGCAUGACACAAAAGAAAAUAUGGAACUUCAUAAUAAUUAUAAAUAGACACUCGCCUUUUGAUUGGUUUAAAUUGUGUCGUUUAACUUUAUUUGGGAGAAUUUAAUUUGAUAUAUUUGUAAUAAUUACACAUAUCUGCUUAAAGUAGAAAAGAGUAGGGUCCAUUGUACGGUUCCGACCAUGUAUUACACACGUGUUUAUAAAUCACUACCAGAUGCUGUGAUACUGUUCUGCACAAAGGGAAAGUUGAAAAUGGAAGUCCUUUCUCUUUUCAAACAGUUUUGUGGAUAGUUCUUUUCACCCUGAAUCUUCCUGCAUAGAUGCAAAUGUGAAACAUAUAUGUCUUCUUUCGGGUAGACAUGUGAUAGAGAUGUUGCCUUUUCAUUUACAUAACAUGCCUUUUGCUGUCUAUGUAAUCGUUGUCCUUCCAUAGUUGACUUAACAUGUAAUUGUUACACUUCUUUUGUGUGAUAUGCUUGCAUUGUAUUCACUCUCUUGCCCUUGGUAUUUUAUGCUUGAAAAAUAAAUAAACAGAAUAAAA